ACUAAAUGCUGCCCUCCUGCUUUCCUGACUCUUUGGUCUAUGAAGAUGGCCACAUUGAACUUCUCUUCGCACACAUUAAGGACUUAACUGCCUCUAAUGUGAGGACGUGUCAGUGCCAUUCAUAUCUGAGCAGAUAAGUCUGGUAUCUUCUGUGGGAAACAUCUAAACUCGGUCUCUGGGGGCUCAAUGUUUGGUCUCGUAAAUGUUUUAUCAGUUCUUCCCCCUAGAUUUGGAGGUGAAAUUGAUUAGCAAGCCUGACUGGUGCCAGCUUUCCCAGGGAGGAGGGAAAAAAAUGAGAAAAAGCAAUGCCAUUUUUGCUUUAUGAUGUAACUUCCACGUUUGGAUUGUAUGUGUACGGUGAGGGCUUCCAUUGUGUUCUCGUGAGCUUCAGGAUGUCCUGUUGAGGAGGGGUAUGUGGAGGGACGAGGGGACGUGAUGACUGGCCAGAACUUUGUAAACGGCGGUAGGAGGAGUGGCAGGUCCACAAAUUCGCUUUGGAAUCUUCAAAAGGUCUUAGAAGAUCAACCUGACUGGCUUGGUUUUUCAUUCUGUCAAGGAUUGAAGGAAAAGAGCUUGUGGGGAAAUUUUAAGGAAAGACCCUAAAAAGUCUGCCGGAGACUAUCCAAUCUUGACUCUAUAACGUCUAUAGGUGCCUGUCUUUUCCUGGGUGUUCGGUGCAUGCUAACUAGAUGGGAAGUGUGGUUGUUGGUGUGAACUUCAAGGAAGUGAAUGAAGACAAUAAGCAGACGCUCUUUUCAGAGAUCUACACUUCCAUAGAUACAUUGGCCUUCACGUUUGGCAAUGUAGUGUCUGACUUCCUUAUGGGAGAUGUAGAGAACGGCUCGACCUCGGGGCUUUCUCAGACCCGCAGGAGCAGGUCCUUUGAAAACCUGAUGGUGGAGUCUGGAGGAUGUGGACUGGAAAAUGAAGACCCACCGGGUCCCUCUCCGCCCGUGCGGGUGGAGGAGAUGGACGGAGCUUUGCUCCGGAGUGACAGCGGAGUGGAGUCAGCCCUGCUCUAUGCCAAAGCCUGGUCAAAAUACACCAAGGAGCUCCUGGCCUGGGUGGACAAACAUCUCAAUAUGGACAUCGAAUGCGCAAAGAGCUACGCCAAGAUGGCUGAAUCUGCAAAGGCACUGGCGACUCAACAGGAGCACAUGCCAUUCCGGGAUAUUUACAUUUCUGCCUUCAAGAAUGAUAUUGAAUAUAGCCAGUUAAUCAUGCUAACCACAGCUGCGCUCCAAUCAAACAAAUUCAUGCAGCCUUUGCAGACUCGAAAGAAUGAACUCGACAAAUUAAGAAAGGAGGUGAAGGAACAAUGGCAGAGAGAGCAGAAAAAAAUGAAUGAAGCAGACAGUGCGCUGAAGAAGGCCAGGCUGCUGAAGGCGCAGAGGCAGGAGGAGUAUGAGAAGGCCCGCUACUCCACCAGUCGAAUCGAGGAGGAACAAACUGGAACCACAGCAGCAAAACAGCUGGAAAAGAGACGCAAACUAGAGGAGGAAGCUCUGCAGAAGGCAGAGGAAGCCCGAGAACACUACAAACACUGCAUCACCGAUGUCGGGGUAAAGAGAGUGGACCUGGCCAACACCAAGAGUGAGAUCCUUACUCAGAUACGAGAGCUUGUGUUUCAGUGUGACCUGACCCUGAAAGCAGUUACAGUUAACUGGUUUCAGUUGCAGCAGGCCCAGGUGGUGUCCCUUCCUGUAAACUUCCAGUCGCUGUGUGAGAACGCUAAACUGUAUGAACCCGGACUAUGUUACACUGAAUUUGUGAAAAGUCUGCCCUAUGAACAGACCAGAGGGGAAUCCUUCUCUUUUGACAUCUCUGGGACACAGAACACAGGGUUGACCCUCUCAAAGCGAGUGAAUAGCAGUCACUCAUCCCGGGUGCCUCUCACAACUGGAGACUUCCUGAGUGCAGACGAGGUGGAAAGUCACGUCCAAGCACGCACAGGAAAGAUCUUGGAAGGUCGCUCAAACAGUAGUACUGAUAUACAAGCUCUGAAGACCCAGGGUCCGUUCCGUGCCUGGAGAAACAGCAGUCAGGGUGGAGGCAUGUGCAGUGACUCUGAAAGUGCCGGAGGAAGCAGUGAAUCUCGCUCCAUGGACUCCCCAACGGCAAGCCCAGGUGACUUUAAGAGAAGGCUUCCUAGAACUCCCUCAACAGGCACUAUGUCUUCAGCAGAUGACCUGGAUGAGAGAGAACCGCCAUCUCCUUCAGAUAAUGGUCUGAGUGAGAUGGUUACGGAGGCAGCUAGCUCUCCCGGACCCUUCCGGAACACGCAGAUGUCUAAAGCAGCUCAGACGCACAAGUUACGAAAGCUCCGAGCUCCGUCAAAAUGCAGGGAGUGUGAUAGUCUAGUAGUUUUCCAUGGUGCUGAAUGCGAGGAGUGUUCCCUUGCUUGUCAUAAGAAGUGUUUGGAGACUCUAGCCAUUCAGUGUGGACAUAAGAAGCUACAAGGAAAACUGCAUCUGUUUGCUGUCGACUUUGCUCAGGCAGCCAAGAACAGUCCUGAUGGGAUCCCCUUUAUUAUCAAAAAGUGCACCACAGAGAUUGAAAACAGGGCUCUGAACAUAAAGGGAAUCUAUCGUGUUAAUGGGGCCAAAUCAAGAGUGGAGAAGCUUUGUCAAGCUUUUGAGAAUGGUAAAGACCUGGUGGAGCUGUCAGAUCUUUAUCCUCAUGAUAUCAGCAAUGUCUUGAAACUCUACCUUCGCCAGCUGCCAGAGCCCCUCAUUCUCUUCCGUUACUAUAACGACUUCAUUGGAUUGGCCAAAGAGAGUCAGAGUAUCAUUGUUGAUGAAGUAGAGGCAUCAAGAGGAAGACCCACCUCCGACUGCCCGCAGAUCAGCGUGGAGCUCAACCGGGUCUUUUUCAAAAUUAAAGACCUGCUGCGUCAGCUGCCUCCAGCCCACUACAAAACCCUACAAUUCCUCAUUCAGCACUUGCACAGAGUGUCAGAGAGGGCUGAUGAAAACAAGAUGACUGCCAGUAAUCUGGGCAUCAUUUUUGGCCCCACGCUGAUCAAACCCCGACAGGCUGAUGCAGAGGUCUCGCUCUCCUCUCUGGUGGACUACCCUUACCAAGCCCUGAUUGUGGAGCUCUUGAUCCGGCAUUAUGAGAUGAUCUUCGAUACUCCACUGAGUCCUCUGCCACCUUCCUCCCCUGUGGGAGAGAGCUCGCCACUCCCUAUCAAAUCACGCUUCACCUCUCAGGAGAAGGAACAACAGCUUAGCCGACAUUCAAAGUCCCUGGUAGACAUUAAAGAGCAACAACAGCCAAAGGCUAGGGCAUAUAAAAGACAUUCCUCCAUAAUACCUUCCAUACACCUGAUGGAUGAGGUGAAAGAAGGGAAGAUAAGGUCUGACAAAGAUUUUGCAGCAGUUGGAGAUGUUGAUGCAGAAGACCUCAACAGGCUCUUGUCAACAAGUGUCCCUGAAAUGCAGAACUCACCUGGCCUCACCCGCCGCAACCACGUCUCCAGAGUUCAGCUGCGUCCUCCAAGACCCAAGUUGGGCUCUCGACCAAUCAGCAUGCCAGCUGAGCGGCUCCUCAACCUCGCCAAGGUCGAUGAGUGUAAUGUAAAGAACUCGGUAGAACAAGAAGACAACCACAGUCGGGAUCCCGUCAUUGAGGAAGUGUCGGAAGAGGAGAGACCCAAGUUCAGAGCAGCCAAUCAUUAUAGAAAAUCAUACAUCGAUACACAGACACUCCGAAGGACUUGGGACAAGCAGUAUAAGCAUCAUGACAUCACUCCUAAGACUUUUGUGAUCACGGCCAGUUCUUCCGUCGACUCCGGAGCCAGUGAUUCCAGCAUUCUCUCUUCUUCUGUUACUUCAUCCUCUUCCUCGGAACACAUCAAAACCACUAGCACCAUCCAUGCUAACGGACCCUACACUAUUACUUUUAGGCCUGGGCGAACUUUAAGUAGGGAAGGAAAUGUUAGUGAGUACUGCCCUGUUCCCACGGCUUUCAGGCCACCGAGGACUCUGCAACCUCCUCCUGGAACGUUCUAUAAACCUCCAGGGAGAAAAACCAAAACAUUGGCAAAGGUUGAGCUAAAGACUGGCAGAGCAACAUCUAACAGCACUGAGGAGGAAGAGGAGGAUGACAAUGAUGAGGAAGAGGAAGGGUUUGGUGUGGAAGUCUCAGUUGAUGAGCCUGAUCUGGAUCCAGAACCUUCUCCAGAGCCUGACGCCCAGUCUCCCAGCUCCAGUCCGAAGGAACUUGUGCAAAAUGAAACCAAACCCGUAUACCAGAGACUUCGGUCCCAGCGUAUGCAGGAUCUCGAACACAGGGAGGCUCAUUUUGUCUGAGAUCUGGACUCUUACACUUGAACAUGUUGUUUAGGUGGAAAUGUUUCCAUAACUGUGAAGAGAUCCCAAGGAAGUGUUAUAUAGGAUAUAUGUACUUAUACUGUAUAUUUAUAUAUUCUUCAUCUGUUAUUUGUAAUAAUCAAGCAAACCCUUGGACAAGACUUUACACAGUAUGCAAUUAAAUUAAAAUGUUCUUAGUUGAUCACAUCAUUUAUGCACCCAUGCAAAGACAAAACAACCAUUUUAAUGCAUUAUAACACAGAAACGUCACUGCCACUGUGCAAUUUCAUUUAUGCUGUAAAUGAUUUUCGUUAAAGGUGAUAUGUUUUUUUUAAAUGUUGAAUCCCAGCUUAAUAUGCAGAUAUAACUAUAAGGAAGCCAUUCAAUGUUGAUUCCUCUCUUAUGUCCAUAUUAAUCCGGAUAAAUUUGAAUUACGCUUUGGUCUUCCAUCUAGAGGUCUGCAUUCUUACAGAACUUCUGCAGGACCCAAUCAGAUUUCUUGCAGCGCGGGAUUAAAUUUCCAAGUUGAAGGCGGUAGUGGACGGUACGUCCAUGAGUUGUGUGCGGGAGCGGGCAGUCAGAGAAAUGCCUAAAAAACCUGAUGUGGAUAUCUAUUUUUAUAUUAUUAAUUUAUGAAUGCAAUAAUAAUAAUAAUAAUAAUAAUUAUUAUUAUUAUUAUUGUAUUUUAUUUUACAAUUAAUUAUUUUUGGUUAACAAUAAACAUAAAAUCCAACGUAAAAAUGUGCACACAACACGUGCAUCAAAUUAUCCAAUAUUCAGAGCAGGCUAUAGUCAACGGCGCUUUACAAAAAUGGCAGAGCAAAGCAUGGACACAGUGCGUCAUGAAAGGAUGUGAAACUGGGACUGGAAAAUAGUCAAUAAGUGAUAAGAAACCAACCUCAGACAAGUCAGAUGGGCAUUAUGUCACGCAUCAUCUGAUAAUAGCAACAACAGAAAAUAAAAUGUUAUUUGCGUACACUUGUCUAUUUGUAUGGCUUUUGCUCGAUGUGAAAAAUAAAUCAUUGCGGGCAGAGAGCAGGUGAACAUGGAGUAAAAUUCAGCGGGAGCAUUCAGGUGCGGGAUAGAAACUUGCGGGAGCGGGUGGGAGCAGAAUGGAUAAAACAGUCCCGCACAGACCUCUACUUCCGUCCACACUGAGACAGCGUUUUUGUCCAGCAAAACAGAGCUUUUCGAAAAUUUUCUCCCUAGUGGAUACAUUUGAAAAUGCUGUAUUCCCCUAAAAAACAGAUAUUCAAGAACAAUUAUGUAUUUGCUGUCAUUUGAUGCAGUUAUGUGAUUCAUUCAAUCCAAAACAAUCAAGAUGAUAGCGUUGUUUAAGAUAAAUGUUACAUUGUAAAUCCUUCACACUGCAUUCCUUCAAAGGUGACGGGAAGUUAAUUUGAAAUUGCUGUCUUGCAGCGGAACUCAAGGACAAUUGCGUUUCAGACCACAUUUCUUGUGUUUUUUUUUUCUUUUCUGCAUGUGCAUGGUGAAUUAAACAUUUGUAAAUGGAGAGUGUUUCAAACCGAAAACGUAUUUUCAAAUUUUUCCGGAUGAUUGUGGAAGUGCAAAUAGUGGCUCUGUGGCACGAUGAAAAUAUUGCUCUGUUUGUUUGAGCAUCCCAAUUACUCCAACACAUUAACAUUGGCUCAACCAGUUGCAUGAGUUUGAGGCGGGACUAUCUGUUUGACUUUGACUUUUAUGGUGCAGAAAUUACACACUUCACCUUUAAAUCCUUGUUUUAAUGUAUUCUGUAUAUUUCUGUAUUUUAUGUUUUACACGCCAAAACCGAUUCGACCAAGCUGUUACAGUUGUGAGGGUUGUCACUUUAUAGUAAUCAUAAAAAUGCACUUAUUAGACUUAAUGGAACCACAUGUUUCUUGCUACUGAAAUGUUGAACUAUGUGCAGUGUUACUUUUGUUAUCCAAGAAUUACAAACAGAUGGAAUCUGACCUGUUCGAGUGUGUAAGAAAUCCAAAUACUAGCUGUAAUGUACACUUGUUAAAAAGUGCAAACAUGUUUUAUUAUUAUUGUUUAUAAUUUUUUUACACAGGUAAUGUUUUUAUUGUGAAAUUAUUGUUUAUUUGUCUGCUAACAGAGUGCUCUCAGAGAUGUUUUGAUCCAUGCUUAUAUAUACUGUAUGUACAGUAUGUUCAUAUACUAUUGUAACAGUGCCCAAAGUUUUUCUUUGUUUUUUUCUGAUAGACCAGAUACAUGUGCAUAAGUAGGCCUAUAUGUGAAUAUACCUAAAACAGGCAAAUCAAGCCAAAGUAAGUGCCUUCAUUUAUGAGAGUCCAUUAGCUGGUUGUCCAACACAAAUGAGCCUGGCCUAAAUAGCAUUUUCAAUGGAAAUGUAUUUCAUUUGAUGUCUAGUCCAGACCAAUGCUUAAUCAGUGUCUUUUGUAAAUGGGAUCCAAGUAUCUAUCUGAAUUUAAGUGAUUUUUUCAAGAUGUCUUACCUUCCCUCAAGUGUAUGAACAGGUACAUGUGAGAAUACACACUUGUAACUUAUUAAAACCAGAGAUUAUG